AUGGAGGAUCUUCUUUAUGUGAAAGAUUAUUACUUACCGGUGUUUAGUGCUGAAAAACCAGAAAACAAAUCUGAUGUGGAAUGGACUUUGUUACAUCGACAGGUCUGUGGGUAUAUCAGGCAAUGGGUAGAUGAUAAUGUUUUGAACCAUAUUAGUGGAGAGACACAUGCAUGUUCUCUAUGGAGUAAGCUUGAACAGCUAUAUGCUAGACAGACUGGAAAUAAUAAAUUGUUUCUGAUUAAGCAGAUGAUGGCUUUGAGAUACCAGGACGGGACUCCUUUAUCUGAUCACCUGAAUACAUGGUCCGAGACAAUCAGACUAAUGAUAUCUGUCGUUGCCCAGAAUAGAUGGAAGCUUUACCAACUUGAUGUGAAGUCAACAUUACUGAAGAUGAUAUUGGGAAUGCAGAAAUUUGGAGAAUCAAGUUUAAAGGGGGAUGUUGAAAGUAAACUUAAUUCUCCUCACUACCAGAAGAACCUAGAAGCUGCAAGAAGAUGUAAGAAGCAACGUUAUACUAGAACCCAGAAGUUGCAAGAAAAUCAAGAAUCGACAAGAAGCCAUGAGAAGCUUCUGGAAGCAGCCACAACUAUCCACCGACCAUGGAAGUGUUCAAAUCCCUCAUCUGUUAAUGACUACAGGCCAAUAUCCUGCUGCAACACCAUCCACAAGUGUAUAGCAAAAUUGUUGGCUUCCAAGCUUCAACUUACCCUUCCUCAUAUCAUUGACACUACUCAAACAGCUUUUGUCCAAGGCAGAAAGAUCACUGACUCCAUCCUCCUUGCACAUGAGCUUUUAAGAGGCUAUCACAAAGACAUUGGCCCUCCUAGGUGUGCUAUCAAAAUUGAGCUUAUGAAAGCUUUUGACUCUGUAAAUUGGGACUUCAUCUCCAACUGCCUCACUCUUCUCAAAUUUCCUCAAAAGUUUAUCUCCCUUAUCCUGUCUUGUAUCUCAUCCCCAUCAUUCACAAUUGCUCUGAAUGGAGAAUUUCAGGGGUUUUUUAAGGGGAAGAGAGGGUUGAGACAAGGAGAUCCAAUCUCCCCGUUCCUGUUUGUCAUUGUUAUUGAAGCUCUGUCAUCCAUUAUCAGCAACUAUGUUACUCGAGCUCCAAGAUUCAAGCAUCAUUGGAGAUGUAAGGAGCAACGUAUCACCCACCUAUCAUUUGUUGAUGACCUCCUUUUACUAUGCCAUGGAGACAUUGAAUCCAUAUCCAUACUGAAAUCAGCCCUUGACCUCUUCUACUCGAUGUCUGGUCUAACAAUCAACCUGUCAAAAAGUUCAAUCUUUUGUGCAGGCAUUCACCCUCAGAUGGAAGAAGUAAUCAUUGAUAUGUUUGGCAUUCAGAAAGGCGGUCUGCCUAUUAGACAUCUCGGGGUUCCACUGAUCACUACAAACCUCAAGAGCUCUGAUUGUAGAACUCUCAUUGAAAGAAUCACUCAUAGGAUCUCUCACUGGUCUGCCAGAUCCCUUUCCUAUGCAGGUCAUUUACAGCUUCUUAAAGCUGUCCUUGUCUCAACUCAGCUCUAUUGGUCUAGUAUUUUUGUCCUCCGAAAAAGUGUAAUCAAUGAGCUGAACAAGAUCUUCAGAUCAUUUCUUUGGUCUGGACCAGAAUUGAAAUCUACAGGGUCAAAAGUUACAUGGUAUAAUGUCUGCAGGCCCAAAGCUGAAGGUGGCCUAGACAUCCCUAACCUUGAGGUUGCAAAUAGAGCUGCUAUUCUCAGAUAUAUUUGGGACCUUCAUACAGACAAUUCAGACAGAGUAUGGAUCAAUUGGUGCAGAAUUUACCUCAUAAAGAAUAGAAGCUUUUGGAGCUUGAAGAUCCCCCAACCUUGCUCUUGGAGCUGGCGGAAAAUUCUUCAGCUGAGGCAUCCAGCUAGACUCAUCAUCAAGCAUGUCAUCGACAAUGGAAUGGAUACCAACUUUUGGUUGGACAAUUGGUCUCCAGCAGGUCCUCUCAGCUUAUGUUUUCCUUCCCACAUCCUCUCAAACUUGGGAGCUGAUGAGUUCACUCUUGUAGGUAGAUUCAUAGUGAAUAACUCAUGGUCAUUCCCCCAUUCACUCUCCAAUGCCGUUCCUGAACUUCUUGCUCUUCCUCAGCCAUGCUCAACCAGAAAAGAUAAGCUAAUUUGGUCAGCAUCCCCCUCUGGUACCUUUAAUCUCAAACAUACCACUCUCCAUCUUGCAGGCAACGGUGAUCAAAUUGCUUGGAACAACCUUGUAUGGUGCUCUCUCACAAUUCCAAGGAUGAAAUUCAACAUGUGGUUCGCAGCCCAAAGUAGACUCCCAACCCUCGACAGCAGAGCAAUGGCUAGUCAUGAUAGCAUAUGUGCUCUAUGCAAUUCUGAGCCUGAAUCCCACUCCCACCUCUUUUUCAGAUGCAUCUUCUCCUCACCAUUGUGGAAAUUCAUACAAGAUAGGUGCAAAUUCUACAAACCAUUCCUCUCUUGGGAGGACAUGAUUUUGUGGAUUAGCCACCGAUGGAAGGGAAGCUCUCCAAUCAAUAUGCUUCAGAAGAUAUGCCUCUCAGCCAUGGUGUAUCACAUAUGGGAAGAACGUAAUAAUCGAAUCUUCAAAGGCAAAUCGUCUUCGCAGAGAUUGGUGUUGACUAAGGUCAGCAAUACAAUCACAAGCCUUCUCCAAUUGCGCUGCCUUAAGGAUUGUGAAGCAUCUAGAUGUAUUUUGCAGCCUUGGAAUUUGUCUCUGGCAUGCUGUCGUCCUCCUCCGAGACCGCCGGAUUAG